AUGGUGGCGUACAUGGCCGAUUUCGGCUACUGCGGCUGUUCUCAUUUAAGGAGAUCAGAAGAUCAGAGGGUGCAGAAGCAUUUGCGCAGACACAGGUGCACUCCCUAUUCCUUCACUCUCAUAACCCGAUGGGACGGCAAUCCGACACGACCGGAAAGAGAUCAGGCGCAAGACCGCAGCCCGCGCUUGCGACCACUAGACCAACGAGGCAACGAGGCAGGCACAAAAUCAAUAUGCCACUACUCGGACCCCGACAUCGCAAAUUGCAUCCAACGCGUGGCCGAACAAGCUCGGCACCUCCUCGCGCAAGGAGUGCCCUCGCUGAACAUCCAGCCGCUGGAGCCGCUGAAGGUGCCCAGCAUCAGGCUGCGACAGCACAACAUGCCUAAGAACAGCUUCAAGUAUGAUGCUUGGCUGUCUGACGUGGCGCUUGAAGGUCUUACCAAUUAUAGCUUUAAUAAGUUGGACGUAUAUCCUGAGGAGUUGAAAGUGACAGCCAACAUCAGCUUGCCGCACCUAAUGAUGUCAGGCGACUACGUGGUGCUCGGAGACUUCCAGAUGUUACCCGUCGAGUCCACCGGCAAGAUGUCUGCCAACUUCACUCAAUGUACAGCAGCUUUAGAAGCAUUCGGAGCGAGAGUACACAAGAGGAUGCUGAUCAAAGAUGCAAAUGUGCACCUGAGGUGUACCGGGCCUCUAGAUGCAAACCUAAUGGAAGCACACUCUACUACUGGCGAAAUGGAAAUGAUAACGGACCACAUAGCCCAAAUGCACUCGAUGGAAAUAGCUAAAGAGGUACAGCCAGCCGUGGAGACAGCUCUAGCGAUGGUGCUGGAAGACAUCGCCAACAAGUUCCUCAGGCAUAUUCCACCAGACAUGGUCUUCGCUAACUAGAAACUGAAGUUUAUAUUACACCAUCUAAUGUGUCCACAAGGAAUCGAAAUUUAGU